AAAAUCCUUAAAAAAUGACGACUAGGAUUCUAAUACUACAACUGCUGGUGCUUGUGGCCGUGACUGCCUCCCAUGGAAGGCAGAGGUCACAGUUCACUCGGUUUCGCUCCUGGAACACUCGGAUGUACCCAGCCUGGAAAGAGGGAGACCCCAGGUUCAGAAACUGCUGGAAAGGCGGUAAUGUGACGUUUGAGCUGAAGAAUGAUGCCCCGACUCUGAGUGGAGCCAAAGCCACUUUCAACAUCAACUUAAACUUUCCCUCAAACCAAACUGUGCUCUCCAACGGGACAGUGGUGUGGGCACAGAACUGCACUGUGGAUGGGCAGCAGUACCAGGCAGGGCAGCCCGUGUACCCAGACACUCAGGGCACAGCCAUGUUCCCCGACGGGACCCUCAGAGCCCAGAGACGCCCUCAGAAAUACGUCUAUGUGUGGAAGACAUGGGGUCGUUUCUGGCAGGUAGCAGACGGGCCCUCCUCAUCCCUCUCCAUCGGGACAGAGAACAUUCCUAUGGGCUCCUACGACAUGGAGCUGGUGAUCUACCACCAGAGAGGAAAGUCCAACUUCAUCCCCCUGGGCUACGCCUCCUCCAGGUUCACCAUCACCGUCUAUAUCCCACAAUCUCUACAGCUGCACCCCCGAGGUCGUCCAGCAGGUGACACUGCUGAGUCAAUGAUGUUCAAAGAUAAGGCACACGUCCAAGACAAGGGAUAUUUAACGACCUACGGUGCAUCAAAAGACACACUAACAAAAGGAGAAAAGUUGCACUGGCUCUGCUGCGCGCGUCAACAUGCCGAGUCUGGGAGCGACGAGCCCAAUCUGCUGCUGCCUCCAUCCAGUGAAGCACCCACGGACGCCGGCUUGUCUCUGCUGGAUGAGGACGCAGGCGCUCACGAGUGCUCGGCGUGCGUGUGGAGGGAGCAGAGCAAAGUGCUGAGACUGGAGACCAUCAAGUCACAAAUCCUAAGCAAAUUGCGCCUAAAGCAAGCGCCCAACAUCAGCCGCGAAGUGGUCAACCAGCUGCUGCCCAAAGCGCCGCCGCUGCAGCAGCUCCUGGACCAUCACGACUUCCAGGGGGACGCAUCCUCCCAGGACGAGUUCAUGGAGGAAGACGAGUACCAUGCCACCACGGAGUCGGUCAUCACCAUGGCGUCCGAGCGUACGUACAUCUUUACGCGCAUAUUUAAUGUUCUAUAA